CGGUGGAGCCUAUCUCUUAACAAUUUGUGGAUCCACACCAAAAUGUAAUGGCUUCUUCCUUAUAGGGUCAGAGGCAUGAAAACAAUCUCCGUAAAAGUUCGGGUGAUUCGAGGAUUUGGAUUGAAGAGACGAGGAGGGGGUGGUGGGGUGAAGUGGGAGGUCUCUGGGGAUGAAAACGGAAAGCAGCCAGGUGAAGCGGAUCUCGGACAAGCGCUUGUCAUGAGCACAGCUCCGUUCCGGCGCCGUUGGAGAAGGGAGCAGACCGAGUGAGGAGCCAUGAUGGGACGCGGGAUGGGAAGAUGUUGGAAUCUUCCAGAAGGCACUUUGGAAGGAGGAUGCUGCACGAAAGGGGGCUCCUCGGAUUCCCACCACAUCCCCAAAAAAGUUCUCUGCGUCAGCCUCUCAGCUUCCCUGCUCCUUAUCCUCCUGGCCCUCGGUUUGACUGGCCACCUUGAGUUGCCGCAACAUCGCUGGCAGUCUUCACAGGCUGUCCGAUUCACCGCUCCAGACCCGGCAGGGGUCCUGCUCCUCAACCAGUCUGCAGUCGUGGACCAGCAGAACGGCCUCGUGACCUUUUCUGUGACCGCACGGGCGAAUCAGACGUCCACUGUGCUCUUUGACAUGAAACAUGGCUUGGUAUGUUACCAGCCGGUCCACCAGGAGAGCUGCUUCCUGCAGACCAUGGAGACAUGGGACUAUGAGAAUGUGCACUCCCUUCUUCAAGCAUCGGUACACAAGCAGAAUCCGUUCCAGCUUUCUCCAAACGAGACCCGCCGGCGCACGGAGUUCUUGGGAGUCCUGCCUGCUCGUCAGACUGAUGCCUCUACCUUGGAAGAGCCUCUGAAGCUUCUGUGUCAGGAUAAGACUAUUCACUGGACCAAGAGGGCUGAAGGGCCGGGCAAACAGCGGCUGGUCUAUUUCUGCAUCGACAUAUGCUUUCCCAACAACAUCUGCGUGUCUGUUUGCUUUUACUACCUACCGGAGUAAUUCUCUUCAACAAUCAUCCUGGAAAAAAAAGAUUAGGAGGAGAAACUUUUUUUU